CUACUUCCUGCUGUGGACUUGUUUUUAAAUCAACUGGGUCCAAACGACGAUGUCUCAGACCUGCUGAAAUCUCGUCUCUGGACAGCACGCACAAUGGAUUUCCAGAGGUGCCUCUUCAAUGUGGCGAAGGCCCUGUGUGAGGACGAGGUAAAAGCUUUAACAUUUCUUUGCACUGACCUCCUGGGCCGAAACCCGACUUUAGUGGAGUCGGCUAGUGAUCUCUUCUUACGUCUGGCGGAUCAAGACCACCUCUCUGCUGAGCAACCACACCUGCUGACUGAGCUUCUCCUCAUCAUUCAACGCACCCGCCUGAUCCGGGAUCUGGAGCUCCCCGACCUAUCAGCUACAACCAGGAGCCUCAUCUCUCCUUACAGGAAGCUGCUUUACAACCUGUCUGAGGGGAUUACUGUUGGUGACUUGAAACAUGUGAAGUUCUUGUUAAACAACAAGCUUCCGCGUAGAAAACUGGAGGAGAACUUUUCUACACUAGAGGUCUUUCUGGAGAUGGAGCACAUGGACCUCAUCAGUGACACUAAUCUAGAUUUAUUGGAGACCAUAAUUCAGUCAGUCUGUCCCAUGCUGAAUGAGAAGAUCAACCACUUUAAAGCACUGCAGUUAACUCACACCAGCCCUGGAGCUCAAGAAACGGGUCGACCAAGGUCUAUGUCGUGCCCUUUCAAACCAAACCAGCUCCCUCGAUCUUUAGAUUCUAAGAGGACUGCCUCAUUUGAAAUCCCAGAAAAAGGGGGGCCCCGGGGUUUGGUUAAAUAUCUCACAGCAUCUUUUGUUGUUCCCAGGGGUUUUGAUCUUGUGUCUAUCCUGACAAAAGUGAAUUCAGAUGUUAGCAAGAAGACUGAUAUCACCGGUGUAAGAAAGCAGAUGCCUCAGCCGGCCUUCUCACUCAGGAAGAAAGUGGUCUUUCCGAUUCCCCAAGCCUCUCCUCCAAGCCUGUCGCACUGAAGACAAUAAUCUGCCCCCUGUUUUAUUGAUUGUUAUAUUUUCACAACAACACCGGAACCAGCUCCAUUUGCUAAUGAAGACCAUGACAUCUGAUUUAAAGCUAAGAAAAAGCUUGUAAGUGGCCUUCAGUGGAUUAAGUAGAUUUGUCACAACAUUUUUAAUUUUAUACCUAUAUGAUGCACACAGUUUACACACACGCAUAUUUACAGCAUUGGAUUUUCACUUGAUGUUAAAUGUUGAACUUUAAUGAACUGUUUGAGCUAAUCAUGCACACUGAUCCAGGGGGAAAUACAACAACCAACAUCCUCUGUAUUCUUUUCAUUUUUAUUUCCUGGUACAACCACAAAGCAUAUUCUCCCAAAUGUGAUUGUAUUAUUGUUGCCAUUGUCAUUAAAUAUGACUGUAAAGUAUUGUCACACAUCAGAAAUCCAUGAAAUCUUUGAAGCAUUUCCAGGCAAACUCAGCAGUUUUCUAUCAAAUCAAACUGCCAAUGUCAAAAUAUUUUAUAAUUUCUUGUCAUUAUGAUUGUUUUUUGUAUGCAUGUAAAUAGACCCUUUCCAAAUCUUCUCUUACCGUCUAUUACAUUCAUAACUUGCAGUCUUCAAUGCAACCCUUGUAAGAGAACACCUUGGAAUGACCAUAAUGCCACAAAUUUGAAUCAAAGGUAAAAAUGUGGAUCUACCAAAUAGUGCUGAAAGAAUUAUUUGAAUAAUAUCAAUCAGUGAAAAAAAUGUAUCUUCAGCAAUUAAGCAGUCA